AUGUUCGAGCAAAACAGAGGAAAGGGAUUGGAAGCUCUGAGAAUUCGAAAUGAAAGGAGUGGGCGGAAAUCUGUAGCCAAAUAUUUGAAAAAUGCCGCCCUGCUACUGUGUUUUACACGUUUCGGAGUACAGCACUGCAAUUACUCGCAAAAACGCAAGAGGCAGCGUCGGCUGUCUAUUGCGCUUCACCUCAGUGACAUACUUCUAUGUCAAAUAGCAUUUCAUGAGAAGUGUUACGUCCCAGAAACUCUGACUGAUAAAGGCAGCGGUGGUUCGAAUACAUCGAAUGCUCAGUUUUUUUGUGAACCAUGUUUGUAUGGACUCAAAGAACCGCCCUACUGCGAAUUAUGCCCAAAUCGUUAUGGUGCCUUCAAACGAGCCGAUAUUGGUGGCGGUUGGGUUCAUUUGCUGUGUGCUCUCUAUACGCCAGGCGUAACAUUCAGCGAUUUGAAUCGCCUGACAGGCGUUAGUUGGCAAGAAGUCGAUUAUAAAUCAUUUGGGAAACGAACAUGUGUGGCAUGCUCGGAUCCGCUUCAAACACGUACGGGUAUCGCGGUUCAGUGUGAUGCGGGUUUAUGCAAAAAUCACUUUCAUGUCACAUGUGCGCAGAGGUUUGACGAGUGUGAUGUUGAAGCUGAAGAAAGAAGGUAUUUAAAUUGUAAGCGACAUGCCGAUAAGGAAGCGAUGUGUCUGGGCAGUGUUCGCUGUGCGUUAAUGUGUGCGCAAGAGGAGUCGCGAAUGCUGGGCCUUCGGAGGCGAACACUCAGUGAAAAUGCAGAACAGAUGAGGAUACGAUUGCUGGAGCAACAGAAAAAGGCACUAAAAGAACUGGAGGGUAUCAAUAUUUCAUGGCCUGAGGUUAGCCCCUGUGCGUUGAUGUGUGCGCAAGAGGAGUCGCGAAUGCUGGGCCUCCGAAGGCGAACACUCAGUGAAAAUGCAGAACAAAUGAGGAUACGAUUGCUGGAGCAACAGAAGAAGGCACUAAAAGAACUGGAAGGUAUCAAUAUUUCAUGGCCUGAGGUUAGCCCCUAA